AUGUCUCAGGUUCCAUUCUUUCAAGUCCAAGACGACCAAGUCGUUGAUUUAAACGACGACGACGGGGUUGCCACACUUGAAACGACGCCGCUUUGGUCUCGACAUGUUGAUGGGUUUGAUUUUCACACGCCUGAUCUUAAUUUACCAGCCUCUGAAUUAGAUACAGCUACUGUGUCUAAUGUGCGAAAUACCCCAUCUCGAUCUCGGAUCUGGGAUGGCUCCGACCCGGAACAGGACCCGGAUCCUUCAGUGUUAGAUGUUGAUGUGGGGAAUCAGAUGAGUUUUGUGAUGGAUUUGUUUGGUCACAGGAUUGAGCACUCGGGUCGUGACCCGGAUCCGAAUCGGGACCCGGAUUUCCGGGUGGUUGAAAGGGAUGGGAACGAGGACGAGGAUGAGGAUGUUUCUAUGGAAAAUUUGGAGAUGGGUUUGUUUUAUAACUGGGCUGACGAGUCGGAUCUUGACCCGGCUUUGGGUCCGAAUUGGGAACCGGAUUUGGGGGAUGGUGAUGAUGAUUGUUACUCUGGGUUCUUUUGUGCUGAUUGUGGUAGUGUGGUUCUUGAAUCUUUGGGGGGUUCUGAAACUGUGUCUGAUGCGGGUGAAUCGGUGGGCUUGGUGGAGCGUGAUUUUUUUAUGGGUGAUUUGGAGGGUGUGGAUAUCGAGUGGGAAUCGGCGGAAAGAAGAAACGGGGCGAGGAAUGAUUUAUUAUUUGGUGAUGAGAAUGUGGAUGCUGAGGGAAUUUACUGGGGAGAUACAGUGCAUGUUAAUAAUAAUCGAGAUUUUGAGUGGGAGGAAAUUGGGGGCUCACUUGAAGAUCGUGAUGUUUUGAGUAUGAUUUUUGAAGAUGGGGCUGAUGAUGAUGAGUCAGUUGUGCCUGUAGCGGGAGAAGUUGGCAGAGAAAGAAAUGAGACUGUAGUGAAUUUGGAGUGGGAAGUUCUGUUGAAUAUUCAUAAUUUGGAGGUGAAUCAUGGGUUUGGGCUCGAUGAUGAUUAUGGUGCUUAUACUGAUGAUGAGCAGUACACAGAGUAUGCAGCUCUAUUUGCACAGUUUGGUGAGGAUGACAACCCAAUACAGGGAAGACCACCAGCUUCCAAGGCUGUCGUUGAGAAUCUUGAGUCGAUUCUUAUAACUGAAGGUAGUGAGAAUGAUAAUGUGAUUUGUGCCGUUUGUAAGGAUGAGAUGAAUGUUGGAGAAACUGCAAAGCAGCUGCCUUGUUACCAUCAGUACCAUGAAGACUGCAUUAUGCCUUGGUUGGGGAUCCGGAAUACCUGUCCAGUUUGUCGCCAUGAGUUGCCAACAGAUGAUCCUGCUUAUGAGCUUAGGAGGAGAGGUCUUUUAGAGAUGCACACACAAUGA